AUGUCCGACAUCGAGUCGCUCCCCGACCCGGAGGACUUCUACGAGUACCUCGGCGUGGCGGCCACCGCCACCGAGGCCGAGAUCAAGAAGGCGUACUACUCGCUGGCGGUCAAGUGCCAUCCGGAUCGGGCGACGCCGGAAACCCGAACCGAGUCCACUCGCCGGUUCCAGCUCCUCUCGCGGGUCUAUUCGGUGCUCAGCGACCCGAAGAAGCGCGAAAUCUACGACACCACCGGCUCGGUGGACUCCCUGUCAUCCUUCCUGUCGAUGGACGUCGAUUGGGUGGAGUUCUGGCGCGAUGUCUUCCCCAAGGUGACAGUCGAGUCGGUGGCCGAGUUUGCUGGGCAAUUCCGCGGCUCUGACGAGGAACGGCGGGAGGUCUUCGACGCGUACAUCCAACACCGUGGCGACAUUGUCAAGAUCAUGGAGUCGGUGACCCUGGCGUCCAUGCUUGAUGAGGACCGCUUCCGGGCCAUGAUCGACGCAGGCAUCGCCGCGAACGAGCUUCCCCGCUUUGCGGCGGCCGAGGCAUCCCCCUUCUCGGCGGCCAGCCCGCUGCGUUCGCCGGCCGCCCGGCUUCGCCGGGGUGGCGCCCCGGCCUCGCCGAGCCCGAUCCGGUCCCCCGGCCGGCGUGACGUCCUGGUUGGCAGCCCAUCCGACAGCCCGCUGUCCUCGCCGGUGCGGGCAUCGCGGAGUCGGCGCCGCACGCUGCUGGUGGCCGAGGAAGAGUCCGACGGGGAUGCCUCGCUGGCGGAGGACCCUGGCCCCGACGGGAUGGCCGCCGAGGAGCUUGAGGACGCCGAGCCGUCGGGCACCCUGACCCCGGACCUGGAGACCGCGCGCAAGCGCCGGCGCUUUGCGGCUGCCCGCGAGGCACGCGAAGCCGAGCAGGCCCUCAAGGAGAUCAUGGCCAAGCGCCGGCAGGAGUGCCAACAGCGCUAA